AUGCGUUGCCAGGUCCUCUUUGCGCCCAGGGCCGUGCUGGGUUUUGGGGUCUCCAAGAGGAAGGAGGUUUAUCUCCUGCCCUCUGGUGUUUAGCGGAGCCCUCCCCUUGGUUUAUGACUGCUAAUCCUCUCCUAUGGAGGGAUACACCGUACUGAAACUGUGAAAGAGGAAUCUGUUUCUGCUGAAUGAAGAGAACAGACUCAAAUAUGGUCAGGACAGGUUGUGGUUUCACUUUGUGUAAUCCUGAAAGCUUGACAGCUCAGAGGAGUGUGACAUUGCUUGGACAGGGAGAGACUAAUAUGAACUGCAAGAGCACUAUAUUCAGAAUGUUCUCGGUCUUUUGACAUGUAUGUCCGUUAUAUGGAUUCUGCUGUUUCAGUAAGAUGAAAUGACCCUUGGAUAUUCUUGUUUGUGAUUAGUGUUUCUUCCUUUAAUCAAGAAAAGAAAUGGGUGAGAUAGGAAGGCUUGAAGGGGCUUAUUUAUAGAAAAGAGAAAGGGAGAGAGGGCUGGCCAGCAUAAAUCCUAAAAGCUUGCGUUUAUGACUAUUUUGAAAAUUAUAAUUUUGGCACAAACUGCAAAUUGUUCCCUGUUAUCAAAAUUAAUUGGUGGUGAAUUUUAAGGCACUAUUGAAGGCAGAAUAGGAACAAACUCUUUGUUCUUUGUUUUGCCUCCUCCAAUUCUUGCCUUCUUCCCUUGCUGGGCUGUUUGCAACAGUAAGGUGAGUUUAUCUAGCAGGUUGGUUCUUGCGAAGUGGACAGGCAAUGAAAAGUGGUUGGGGGGGGUCCUCUGUGGGAGUCCAUCCCAGGUGCUGUGGGACAGAGAUGUGCGUCUUGGAGCCAGCAGUUCCUGGGAGAACAGGAAGGCUCAUUCUACACACCCUUCUAGCUCCUGAGGAGCAAUUCAAUCUGUACUGCCUGUGAACACAAUGGAGGAUUGAGAUUGCUCCCAGAGGACAUGCUCCGUGUUUUUAGUCUAGCUGGGAAGCUUUGGCAGAAAUAAAACAAGUGGGAAUAUGCCACGUUAAUGAUGCUACAAACUCCCAAACUGCUGAGGAAGGGAAAGCAAGGGCUGGAUCAGUGUGGGUGGUGUAAGUUAGCAAAGGCAUCCAAGGGGUGGGGGGCGGGGUGAACCACAGGCGCCUGGUGUGGGAGGAAACCAUAAAUAUGGUGACACGCAGGUUCUCCUGGGAGAGAGACCCAGAUUAAGGACACGUGCAGAGGAGAAAGCAAGUGAAAUGCUUAAGGGAGCAGCAGAAAAAUGAGCUUAGAGGGGUUUAAGGACACUACCAGGCUUGUCUUACCUGGAUAUCAGACAAAGUUAUUUUUUAAGAUACUAGAAAAGUAGACGUACCAUGAUUGUACUGCACAAUGAAUUUUCCAAAUGGAACAUGGCCUUGCACUCGGUACUCAGAUCAAGAAACAGGACUCGGCAGGACUCCAGGAGCUCACCAUGCGCUCCCCUCAGUCACUGCCUCCCCAGGACCACCCCUGUACUGACCUCCUGCACUUGUACCGUCCAUAGAUGGAAUUUGUCUUCUUCCUCAAUGCCAAGUGACUAUAACUGUGUGAAGCAAGGAAGUGAUUGCUCAAGGCCUUCCCUGCAAUGGUACACCCGGGCUCAAACCAAGAUGAGAAGACCCAGCUUGUUGUUAAAAAAGAUCCUUAAGUUUCUAUUGCUUAUGUUUGGAGUGUGGAUCUUUUAUACCCUCAAGUUAAACUAUACUUCUGAAGAAUGCGAUAUGAAAAAAAUGCAUUAUGUGGACCCUGACCGCAUAAAGAGAGCUCAGAAAUACGCUCAGCAAGUCUUGCAAAAGGAAUGUCGGCCCAAGUUUGCGGAGACGUCAAUGGCGCUGUUAUUUAAGCACAGGUAUAGCGCGGACUUACCGCCUUUUGUGCAGAAGGCCCCCAAAGCAAGUGAAGCCGAGGACAAGUAUGAUCCUCCUUUUGGAUUCCGGAAGUUCUCCAGUAAAGUCCAGACCCUUUUGGAACUGUUGCCUGAGCACGACUUUCCUGAACACUUGAAGGCCAAGAGCUGCCGGCGUUGUGUGGUUGUGGGGAGCGGUGGAGUACUGCACGGGCUAGGACUGGGCCACUCCCUGAACCAGUUCGACGUUGUGAUAAGGUUAAAUAAUGCACCUGUUGAGGGAUAUUCGGAGCAUGUUGGAAAUAAAACGACCAUAAGGAUGACUUACCCAGAGGGUGCACCACUGUCUGACCUUGAGUAUUAUUCCAAUGACUUGUUUGUUGCUGUAUUAUUUAAAAGUGUUGACUUCAACUGGCUUCAAGCAAUGAUAAAAAAUGAAACCCUGCCAUUUUGGAUGAGAUUCUUCUUUUGGAAGCAGGUGGCAGAAAAGAUCCCACUACAGCCAAAACAUUUCAGGAUUUUGAAUCCAGUUAUUAUCAAAGAGACUGCCUUUGACAUCCUUCAAUACUCAGAGCCUCAGUCAAGGUUCUGGGGCCAAGAUAAGAACGUCCCCACCAUUGGCAUCAUUGCUGUGGUGUUAGCUACACAUCUGUGUGAUGAAGUCAGCUUGGUGGGUUUUGGAUAUAAUCUCAGUCAACGCAGAACACCUUUGCACUACUUUGACAAUCAGUGCAUGGCUGCCAUGAACUUGCAGACCAUGCAUAAUGUGACAACGGAGACAGAGUUCCUCCUGAAGCUGGUCAGAGAGGGACUGGUGACGGAUCUCAGCGGAGGCAUCUAUUGGGAAUUUUGAACAUGGAACAAAACCUCACUUGGAAAUGCAACUCUGCCCCUGAGGGCUGUUGUUAAUAGCCUUCUUGAUGCAUUUCAUCCUGCAGAUACUUUGAUGUGCAGGUGGUGUUUUUAACUUUUAAUUUAAAAACAAAAAUUGUUUAGUUCUUCCCACUUUUUUCCCCUAUUUAUUCGAAGUCAGUGUUUGUUUUUGCACAAUAUUUUGAAAGUUAAUUUUAAGAAUUCAAUUGGAAAGACUUCUCCAAGAGAAUUGUAUGUAAUAAUGUUUUGUUGAAUUUUAAGAAAGUAACUUAAUUUGUAAAAACUCUUGUCCAUGUAUACUGCAUACCAAAUACCAGGUAAUCAGUUGGAAGGAGAGGAGAGGCCACUCCUUUGAUGAUGGCCCUGAAUGCCUGAUUCUGGUCCCCUGUCUGGUGGGACUGGUGGAGGAGGCGCUUCGGGGAUGCCAUGCUCGGUAGCUAAGCUGCUGCUACUGGGUCAGCCCCUGAGGCCUGGGCAGUUCGGAGAAGUUCACGGCCCUCCCUCUGUGCCCUCUUCAGGGACACUCGCAAGAAUCAACCAAGGGAGCUGUCCUGGAGGUCCCUGGUUGGGGUGGGACACAGGAGACAUUCUGUGUCCUCUGACUACUGUGAAGCCACCCUGAGCUGCAGAAGCCGCAGUCUUCCCAGCAAUUAUGGCAACUCUUGCAUUUCAGGAGAAUUUUUUUACUGCUCUUCCAAAGCACUUAACUGUUAUCUAAUGGUUCCAGUGUCUGUCUGAGGUGGCUUAUAAAAAAAUUAGGACAAAAUUUCUAUGAUCCAGAGUCACAGGGGGAAUAUACUCUUUCCAGGAAUAAUCUGAAACACUGAAAUGAAAUCCUCCCAGUGUUAUAAAUUGCCUAUUAAAAAAAAAAAAGUUUUGAAUGCCUACCUGGCAGUGUGAACUAGGUGAUGUUCUGGUUGAAAAGAAAAAAUAAGUAAAUAAAAGCUUUUGAGGAGCUCUCAUAAUCUA